AUGGGCCUCACCGAGGUCCGCCUGACCUCCAUCUUCCCCAUCUCCUGUGUGCAUUCCGAGAUAAUUGUGGAGGAAAUAGAAGAAAAAGUGUUCGUGAGUUGCAACGAUGAAAUCAAAUGGAUUUGGGGAACUAAGGGAACAAUGAUGUCGGGCAACAAAAGUAUGAAUUUGGGAAAACGCAUCCUAGAUCCACGGGGUGUUUACCAGUGCAACGAGACAGAAGUUGACGGAAACACGAAAGAACAGAGCUUCAAAAUCUCUUCGGUGCAAAUCUAUUAUCGAAUGUGCCAGAGCUGCGUGGAGCUGGACACAGUCACCCUGGCUGGCAUCCUUGCUGCAGAUAUCAUAGCCACUUUGCUCCUUGCUUUGGGAGUCUACUGCUUUGCGGGACAUGAGAGUGGGAGACUCUCUGGGGCUCUACCAAUGGAUGAUACGCAAGCUCUCUUGAGGGAUAACCAGCUCUAUCAGCCCCUUCGACACCGAAACGAUGACCCCUACAGUCACCUUGGUGAGAACUGGCACGGGCACAAACCCGUCCUGCAGCUUCCCACCACGGCCUGCUGUCGGUGCUUCUAA